GAGAGCAAAGGAGCUUAUCGGGGAUCUGCAUUGCAAGUAGCUCUGAGAGCAGCAAGUGGCGGCUGUUUUUCAACCUGUUUUUGUUUUUUUCCCGAGGAGGCGGUGAACAAGAGGGAGGAGAAGAACCAGGCAGAGGAGCACAGAUUUGGAAAAGUCUGAGCUGAGUCUCAAAAGAAAAAGACACCGAGAGAGGAGGGGAGCGAAGCCGGGAGGAACACAAGGCAGCAAUGGAUAGCAGAGUGGCUCGGCCUGACCCUGGGAUGGCAUAGAUUCACACACAGCUGCUGGCUACGAUCCAGCACACGCACUAGGCUGCAAACACCAAUGAGCUCUCAUGUGUUCGCUCAGCCAUGCUUCCUGGCUAUGGAUUGUCACCUUUUCCUGAUUUCCAACCCCACCUUCACGCUUUUUGCUGCCGAGGAGAGAGUGUCAGCAUGUGGAUCCCUGGCUCAGGGGAGUCCCAGGCUCUGAGCGAGGCCCAGGAGGACAGGCCUCUUCUCCACCCGUGCCACCACAAGCAUGUCGCUGUGUGCCAGCAGGAAACAUUGGCUUUUAUCGAGCUACAACCACCGGUGACUCCUAAACUGAGCGGCCUUAGCUCCCCGAGGCCAAUCGUUAUUCCAGAGACACAAUGCACAACACACUCCCUGCCCCUGAACGGUUUCACACACACACUGAAUGAACUGAAUGACAUGCAGAACGGCUGCCACAAUGAGCACGAAACAGUGUUGAAUUUGAACUCUUAUACACCUGCGGGUGACUGUGAGCUUGAAUGCCAUAAUAGCAUCAGGACUUCUUUGAAGGAGCAGACAGAAAAACCUUGUGCCGUCACAACAGUAUGUCGUCCUUUCCACGCUGCGCUCAGCCUCCCUCUGCCGUUCCCUCUGUCCUCACUAUACACAAACGGAGACUCCUGGGAAUCUCCGUUACCUUGCUCCCCAUCCUCACCUGAAGGUCCUGGGUUUCAGAGCCUAGACUCCUGCCAGAGGAGGACGUCCCAAGGUUCACUGAAAGAGAAGUCUAUCCGGCGAAAGAUGCAGGUUUAUUCGCCCGACAGCCAGAGCGAUGAAUCUCUCAGCAGCCCAAUCCUGGACGCAGACUACAUCUUCCCAGGACCUUUUGCAUCUUUCCUGGAGGAGGACCUCAGUGGAUUAUCCUCCCUGGAGGCCACUUCAAGGCCUUCAUCCACAGACGGCCUUACAGAUCUCCCAAACCUCAGUAACGAUGAUAUUUUCAAUCUACCUGAGGAACCACUGGAGAUAAUAGAGGACUCAAUGCCAGCACUGGGGGAAGACAGCGAGAGUGUAGAGAUGUCGUGUGCCACAGGGGGGAGCUUUUUGUCCCGCAGCCGUCAGGGGGAUCAAGAACGGCGGCGCUUCUCAGCUUCAGAACUGAUAUCCAGGCUGCAGCUCUCUCAGAGGAAGAGCUCCUUCACCUUGAAGCUGGGCAAGUCGCUGUCUGCGCGGGUCGCCUCCAGAGACAGAGGCUCCAACAGCCUCAGCCCCAACGCUGACUAUAAGUCCAACUGCAGGCACCGCAGCUCUGGAGGCUCUAGUGAUAGUGGCCCCCACAGUCCUGUAGGACCUGCACCUACUCCGUCCAGCAGUGACAAUGGCAUGCCUUUGCAUCGGUGGAGCACAAAACUCGGAAUGCAAAAGAAAUCCAUAGAGGAGGACUUCUGCACACUUCCAACUGUUGCUAGUUCAAAUCGAUUAUCGCGGUUUUUGCCUAGUUCUAUUCUGUACCAGGAAUACAGUGAUGUCGCCAUCAACAGAGAGAUCCAGAGGCAGCAAGGGAAGGAGCCAGGCACAGAGGAGGAGGGGCUCAGGGAUGAGGGGUCUGACGGGAUCCCGUCUCCUUCUAACCUUUCUCCAUCUAGCUCCUUUCGCUCAUCGCGAGGCUCUGCUUUUGCACUGUGGCAGGACAUCCCCGACGUUCGAACCAGCGGCCAGCUCGACAACUUCAGCAACGAGGAACGUAAAUUACAGGAGGCAAAGUUUGAGCUGGUGACGUCUGAGGCCUCCUACAUUCGUAGUUUGACCAUCGCAGUGGACCACUUCAUGUUGUCUCAGGAGCUCGCCGAGUGUCUUGGAGCUCAGAAUAAGCAGUGGCUCUUCUCCAAGCUGCCUGAAGUCAAAGGUGUCAGUGAGAGGUUUCUUCAGGACCUGGAGCACAGGCUGGAGGAAGACAUUCUGCGUUUCGAUGUGUGCGACAUCGUCCUGGAACACUGCCCGGCCCUGCGAAGGGUUUAUUUACCUUAUGUAACCAACCAGGCAUACCAGGAGCAGACACACCAGCGUUUGCUGCACGAGAACCCUCGUUUCCCCGGCAUCCUGGCUCGUAUGGAGGAGGACCCCAUCUGCCAAAGACUUCCUCUGACCUCUUUUCUAAUCCUCCCGUUUCAGAGGAUCACACGGCUCAAAAUGCUGGUGGAGAACAUCUUAAAGAGGACGACACCAGGCUCCCGAGAUGAGGACACUGCCACGAAGGCUUUCAAUGAGCUAAAAAAGAUCAUCAAAGAAUGUAACUCCAGUGUGCAGUCAAUGAAGAGGAUGGAGGAACUUAUUCACCUCAAUAAGAAAAUCAAUUUUGAGGGAAAGAUCUUUCCUCUGAUCUCUCAGUCCCGCUGGCUGGUGAAGCACGGUGAACUCCUGGAAGUGGACACUCAGACGAUGAGUAUUUCUGGAUCAAAGCUCAAGUUGCCCACCAAGCCUGUGUACCUUCAUCUGUUCAAUGACUGUCUACUGCUGUCCCGCAGGAAGGACACGUGGAAGUUCAUGGUGUUUGUACACGCCAAGAUGGGAGAGCUGAAAGUGAAGGACCUCAGUCAGAAGCUGCAGGGCAUCUCAGGCUUCAUCUUCCACUUGCAGCUGUGUGGAGUCCAACAGCUCAAACACCAAAUCCUGCUCAAGUCACACACCGAGAGCGGGAAGCAGAGAUGGAUUACAGCCAUGUUUCCAUCUGAUCCGCUCGAAGACAUCGAGCAAGCCAGUGAGAAUGAUGAUAUAUCCCAGGUUCAGUGCAUCAAAAGCUAUCAGGCCCAAGAGCAUGACGAGUUAACACUGGAGAAGGCCGACAUUCUUCAUGCUAAGACCAUUACAAGUGAUGGCUGGGUGGAAGGCAUCAGACUGUCUGACGGGGAACGGGGCUGGUUCCCCAAAACCUACGUGGAAGAGAUCACAAGUCGCAGCGCUCGCCUCCGCAACCUCCGAGAAAAUAUCCGCAUCAAAUGUGUCACGCAGAAACUGGAGGGGGAAGACUAAUCACUUUUACUGCAACUUGUCGUGUUUCAAAGGUGUGUUUCAGUCGUUAAGUUGCAUUUUUAAGCUUCUGGAUCAUUUUAGUUUUGAUUUUAGAUGGAUGUGGGACCUACUUGUAGUACGCAGGUGCUGAAACAAGCCAACAUUUUUAACUGUGUGAGCAUUUUUCUUUAGCAAGCUAACUGCAAAUUCAGUCUUGAAAUGAGAGUGCAAGGCUUUUAAUGUUCCUAUAAAUUUUAGCUUAAACAGCUUUUAUACAACACGAGUCAUGUUCACGAGCAAUCACUUUAUGCAUGUUUUCUGUGAAUACAUUCAUUUCCAUUUUUUUUUAAGUCUGAGGAACACCUGCACAUUUACCAGCACAGGCAGUAAUGUAAUCAUAUCCAAAGGUAAAUAUGUACAUUUCUUGGCUCAUGACAGAGUCUGUCUCUAUACGUUUUUUCAUCCGUCAUGUCUCCUGUGGCCAGAUUCCAUCUUUGGACUGUCGUAUGCUGUCAGCUGAGCUCUGUGAGGUGCAGGAGAGUCAUUCACGUAAUGUUACAGCAUCAGAAAGUGGCUUAUGGCAGAUCCUUCUAUUGAGCUGCAUUAGGACAUAUCAGGGGCCUUUUAUCUUCUGUCUUUGUUCACACUGAGUGCUGCUUUAAUUUCAGAAGACAGAUAAAAAGUUGCGAAAAGUUACGAAGAUAAAUGAAAACCUGAUUUUGUGUUUUAGUCCAUCCAAUAUCUGAAAGCAUCCUUGCCUUUUUCAAAGAUGAUUUCACGAAUCUGCUGUAACAUAAAUGAAGGACAGAUUAUCUCAUUAACAAGGCCACACUACACAAAUAAGGGUUAGGCUGACUAUAUUUUUUAUUUUUUUGUUAUUGUCAACAAAACAAACAAUUUAUCCGACUGACAAGUAUUGUCAGUAUUGAUAUAUCGUAUUCAUCCUUGCUGUAAAGCUCCAUUGGUGUCCAAAAACAAUCAAACACACAUCAAUGAGCCAAACUGUUACUCUCAAUGACAUUCCUUCGUUACCGUGAACACAUACUGAUCCAACAUUACAUAAACCAUCCCACUGAUGCAAAUACUGACUAGAGCACCAAAUACGUAUUAAUGCACAGCUGAAAAUAGUCCCCAACAAAUGCACUUCAGUGGGAACAAGUUGAGCUUGGUGCUGAGUGCCACAGACAUGGUGGGGAUUGUUGGUUUUGUUAUUUUCACUGUAUUUGUUGACACUAAGAAAAAUACAAAAUAAUUGUCUUUUAAAAACAAGAAAAUGGACCAAAUUCACAUCAGAAGACAUUUACAUUGACCCUCCGUGUGGUAAAAGGGUAGAGGUUUUACCCCACUUCAACUAACUUUUAUAAACUUUAACCCCAGUGGAACAAACACUAGAAACACUAUAUUACACUUAUCAUACAUCAUCAAGUAAUACUGUCAUAUACUUAAGACUGAAUUACAUUUAGGCCUACAUCGUCCACAUCGUUAGUUGCAAAAAUCCCCAAAUGACCAAAAGCGCAGUGUAACUGAGCUGAGACCUGUUAUUAAUGAACCACUAUAAUCAACAUUCAAUUGUAAACUCUCCCAGUGGCACAUACAAUGUUUAUAACCCCCUUUUUUUCUACGUCUGCGUUGUAAUUUAAUUGUGUAUUUAUACUCCUCUAGCUGGUUGUUCUCUAAGGAGAUUCUGAUGUAAAUGUACUUAAGUGCAGAUGGCUUCAUGUAUAAAGAGUAAGAAAAUGAUUAAUUUACUAUUAUGACUGUAAUUUAUGUGAACAAAGACUUAACAGAUAUUAUUACCUUCCAUAGCUAUAAGGUUUUCAGUUUGAUUCAUUUCUAAUACCAACAUACUGUAAUACACUGGAUCUCUGCACACUACUGUAAAUGUUUAACCACUGUAAUAAAUACAGAUACUUACAUAUUUUGUUGUGUUGAAUAAACAACUCUUAAGAGUUUUAAAAAGGUUUAUUGUGAAAAGGUCAAACAUUAUGUAUUUUACAGUAAAGACAUCAAAGCUAAGUAUGUACAGUUGCUUCAGUACUAUUUUCUUCAGUAAGUAACCCUUAUAGCUCUACAGACUAACAUUGUUUUAGCUGUGGUCUGGUCUUAAACUGGGUCCCUCAGUGUAACAAUAUCACAUAUAUCAAUAUUGGGCAAGAACAUUUCAGAGCCUCCAAACUACUGCAUCUUAAUUUUGUGACAAAAUUAUACAUAACAGUCAUAUGUACAUACUAUCUACAUGUUAUUUCAGAUUCAUAAUAAAAGUCAAGCUUCUCCACAUUCAGAUGAGUCAGCUGCGACCAUUGAUGUGGCAUUGGUCGGCUGUUAUCGGUUCCUGGGACUCCUUCCUGCUCCUCUGCAGCUUCGGCAUGAUUGGAGGUGCAGUGGGACUCACAGUAACGUUUCUGUCUGGCUGCAGGGCAAAGACAAAAUCUUGUUGGUGCAAAGUUAAUUCACAUUUGAGGCAAAACCAAACCAGUAGUGAACUAGGAAUGUUACAUGCAGAACUGUAACACUGACGCAUGCAUUUGAAUGUAGUCAGCAGAAAUGAAUAUGUAGUAAAUGCUACGUUAAAAUAAAAACAUCAAAUAUUCACUGUCUUUUGACUUUGUUUUGGGCUACUGAGGGAAGUAUAUGGCUCUUUAGCUGCUAAAUGCUUCACUACGUUCACCAGUCUCUAACUAGUCCAACGGCAAAUGGCAGUUUGAAACAUACAAUGACAAAGUAUUGACAACGCCAUAAAGAAUUCCCCAACUCUGCAGUUCCCCUCUGAUCUACGUAGCUCUUCAUCCUCUCUUAGCUCAUUAUUUUAACACCCAAACACUAUUCUUUACCAUUUUAUAUUCCUUAAAAGAUGUCAAACAACACAGUCUAACCUGUUGUAAUUGAAACAUCCAGUUCCGAUAAUCCUCCAGACAGGCACAAGAGACCUGCAGGGGCUCCAUCAGCUCACCUACGACACAACGAUUAUGAAAUGACUAUUUCUUGCUGUAAUCAAAUGCUAC